GCCACUGGGCCGCCAUGGAGGCGGCGGGCGCGGGGCCGCGGUUGGCGCGGGAGCCGCUGCGAGACCUGCGGGGCGCGCUGCUCGCGGUGCUGGCGCGGGUCCGAGAGGGCGAACCGGGCGAGGGCCGCGAGCCGUUCGAGCCGCCGCGCUUCUGGGACGCGCUCGGUCAGACAUUCAAAGCAACAUCACAGGAAGCUACAAAGCUGAGUCUGGCAUUCUCAAGGCCUCCACUGCCUUCUGCAGAGGAUUGUCAGAAGCUCAGUGAAGAUAUCCAAAAUGCAAUUCUUGCAGUUGCCACAGUGUACUACUCUCUCCCUAAAAGUCAAGGUACUACUCUUCGGAAGAUGGUACGAGAUGCAACUACUGAAGUAGUAGAAGGAAUGAUCCAGCUCACAGAAACAAUUCUCAGUACUUCAUUGGAGAGCUUGUCUCAGGAACAGCUUAUAUCAACUGGUAGCGUGUGGGAGGCAUGUGAGCAAGCAUCCAAUCUGCCACGAGACAACCAGGCAGCAGUUGUGUCAGCUCUAGCUGCAUGUCUAGGUGUGGUCAGGGAUGCCCUGGAAGAGAUGGAACACGCUCUGGUGGAAGGGCAAGACCCCUACAGUGACAUCAUGGAAGAUGAGGAGCUGGGCUUUCGGGGCAACAGAGAUACCUACUGGUCAGAAGCUGACCGGAAACUGCUGGGACCUUGCAUGGGAUUAAUGAAGGCUUCCAAAGCUUGCCUGAAGAAGGUUUUGGGUGUAGUGAAGGCUCAUGGAAAAGCUGAUUCUUCAGAACAGAUUGCUCAGCUGGAUGACCUUGCAGACAUCGGUAAUGAGAUCAGUCCAAGUGUUGAUGAGCUGGCACUGAGCAUGUAUCCACCUGUGAACCAGCUGGCUGUGCGACUCAAUGCUGCUAAAUUGACGUCAGUAUUAAAGAAAGUCUUAGAAAUUACAAAGACAAGCCAUGUAUGUCUGCCGUCAGAGGAGGGCUGGGUGCAGUUUCUCACUGGUGCAGUAGAUCACAACAUGGACAAAAUCAAGAACUUCACACAGGGUGAACUUUAGCCCUCCUACAUCAACAUGUGUUGUGCCACUGGCUCUGGCAUAUGCUUUCCCAAUAAAUCUGUCUGGCCAUUCUCUAGCUAUAGGAGAAUGAUGAGGACAGUUCUUUUAAGGGAUAACUUUACUGUCUCUUGGCAGAAGAUUCCUAAGUUUUCCAAGGGAGAAGUCACCCUUUGCUAUUGCAAAAACUGUUACUUUUGUUUGGACUCCGUGAAUGAUGCAGUGCUGCAUCUUAAUGCUGUGAAUGUGCCCCAUUCUUCAAUGUUACAGCUACUAUGGGGUACAAAGAGCAAUAAAAUGUUAGAUUUGCAUGGGUGGCUUUAUCUGUUUUCAUGUGGCAGGAUAUAUGCAGAAGGAAUGACUCUUGCUUCUUUUACAAGCCACCAAAUGAACCAUUAAAGUAAAUGCAGCAAUGUUCCUGCUUCCUUUCAAACUUUAGGGAAGAAUGAAUGAUCUCUCUUUUAUUCGCUGAGAAAGCAGUAGAAAAUAUUAUUUACUGCUUUGCCAACUUCACGGACCUGUAGAGGUGAGUGCAUCUCUAGAAAAAUGCAACAUCUAUCAUCACCUUAAAGUUCUAAGUUAAGCUUUUUUGCCAUGGAUAGGAGAAGAAUUGGCUAAGCAGUGGUAGGUUCAGCAAGUAUGCAUGGUGAGAAACACAGUAUCUGCUUAAACAUUUUGCCUAUCUUUGUCACAGAAAGGUUCAACUUAGAAGACCUGAGAGCAGACAUAGUGGCAGAUGAGACAGAGUUGAGUUUGAACAAAAUAAUUAAAGUCAAACAUGAUUUUAAGUAUGACUUUAAUUAAACUGUUAACAUUUAUGCUUGUCUACAUUCUAGUAAGUUUCUUUUAUGGAGAGAGCCUACCUUAUGUUCAUGGCACAGAUUGUGACCACCCCUUUUGAAAAGGGGAUAGCAGGACCUGUUCUGAGUUGAGUGUCAGGCAGCUACAAUGUUGAAACUUUUGUAGCUCUUCAAGUUCUGGAGUUGAAUGCAGUCCAGACAUGCAGUGAGUCUUCUGGGCCCUGCCUGGGUGGGGGUGAACGGGAUAUGAAGCUUUUGAAUGCUUGUAGGCUGCACAGAGCCCAGCCUGGAAGGCAAGGAAGGGAGAUGAUAAAAGAAGUGUAGCUCUUCAUAUUUCUAGUUUCCAGGGCCUGGGAGAUGCAUUUGCUAGACAAGAGUGUGAUGCAACACCCCCCCCCCAAAACAAACAAACAAACAAACAAACAAAAAACCUGUCAUUUAAGCAACCACUUUGGAAUUCUGAUCUGAUAGCAUUUUGGGAGGGAAUUGUGGCAGGAGGGUUGAGCUCCACAUGGAGACACCUAGGGUUAUUUUGUUUUACUACAGUUUCUGGAGAGAAAUGUUGCUUUUUCAUGUGGAGAAGAGCAUGCCUCUUUUGGUGAGUUUUGGCUAAGUCAGGUUUGCCUGGUUCUCCAGCAGAGAAAGGGGGGAGAUGGCUAAAACCAUAGCCAGGGACUGUUCGUGUUGCUGGCUGUGGGUACUGGGUGGAAAUGUAUGUCACAGUAUGGUUUUACCUUACUUAAAGAUGUUCGGGUGGCUAGAGAAACAGCAAACAAUUUCUGAAUUGUAUGGCUUAGUUCAGUGGUCUGUAACUAUCUUAUUUAAUGUGCAUAUAUGCCUAGUUCUUAGUGUCAUGGUACUUUGUUGUUAUGCUUUAUGUUGGCAGGGGGCUUCCCUUCUGCUGUCUAGGACUUAGGGGCUGGAGUUUUCACAAAUGUCGUACUAGCUUCAACGUCUGUAUUAAACAUCUGUUUAAAGUUCUG